CUUUUAAAAGCGAGAAGGAGUAAGAAAUCAGAAGAUUGAUCUUCUCUGCAAAUUCUCUGUUCUUCUUCUCCCUUUGAUAUUUUUUUUCGUUUUCUCUCGAUCCCACCCGUCAAUCGCUCACUAUGGUGACUCCAACGCCGCUUGAUCAAGAGGACGACGAAAUGCUCGUUCCGCAUUCUGAUGUGGUCGAGGGACCUCAGCCUAUGGAAGUUGCUCAACCUGAGGCUGCUGCUGCUACCGCUGCGGAGAGUCUUCCGGUGGAGGAGCCUCCCACUAUGAAGUACACGUGGACUAUCCCAGGUUUCACUAGGCUGAACACCAGGAAGCAUUACUCUGAGGUUUUUGUUGUUGGAGGGUAUAAAUGGAGAGUGUUGAUAUUUCCCAAAGGAAACAAUGUUGACAAUUUGUCCAUGUACUUGGAUGUUGCGGACGCUGCGAAUUUGCCCUACGGGUGGAGCAGAUUUUCGCAGUUCGGCCUCGCUAUAGUGAAUCAAAUCAACAGCAGCUAUUCCAUCAGAAAAGAGAGCCAGCAUCAAUUCAAUUCAAGAGAAAGCGACUGGGGGUUUACAUCAUUCAUGCCUCUCAGCGAGCUUUAUGAUCCCACUCGUGGAUAUUUAUUGAAUGAUACUGUUGUAAUUGAAGCUGAAGUUGCUGUGCGGAAGGUGCUUGAUUACUGGUCAUAUGACUCAAAAAAAGAGACUGGUUUUGUUGGACUAAAGAACCAAGGUGCUACCUGUUACAUGAAUUCUCUCCUGCAGACGUUAUACCACAUACCUUACUUCAGAAAGGCUGUUUACCACAUGCCAACAACUGAGAAUGAUGCACCUACGGCGAGUAUCCCAUUGGCGCUCCAGAGUUUGUUUUACAAGCUUCAAUAUAAUGACACCAGUGUAGCGACAAAGGAGCUGACCAAGUCGUUUGGUUGGGAUACAUAUGAUUCGUUCAUGCAACAUGAUGUUCAAGAACUCAACCGAGUUCUCUGUGAAAAGCCUGAGGACAAAAUGAAGGGAACUGUUGUGGAGGGAACAAUACAGAAGUUAUUCGAGGGUCACCACAUGAAUUACAUAGAGUGCAUCAAUGUAGAUUACAAAUCUACACGGAAAGAAUCAUUCUAUGACCUCCAGCUUGAUGUUAAAGGCUGCAAAGAUGUAUAUGAAUCUUUUGACAAGUAUGUUGAAGUUGAACGCCUUGAAGGUGACAACAAAUACCAUGCAGAAGGACAUGAUUUACAGGAUGCAAAAAAGGGUGUUCUGUUUAUAGAAUUUCCACCCGUACUUCAACUUCAGCUCAAGAGGUUUGAAUAUGAUUUUAUGCGAGACACAAUGGUGAAGAUAAAUGAUCGAUAUGAGUUUCCUCUUGAAUUGGAUCUUGACAGAGAUAAUAGAAAGUAUUUAUCCCCUGAUGCUGACAAGAGUGUCCGUAAUCUAUACACACUCCACAGUGUCUUAGUUCAUAGUGGUGGAGUGCAUGGAGGCCACUAUUAUGCUUUUAUUAGGCCAACUCUCUCAGACCAGUGGUAUAAAUUUGAUGAUGAACGGGUGACGAAGGAAGAUGUGAAAAGAGCGCUGGAAGAGCAAUAUGGUGGUGAAGAAGAGUUGCCGCAGAAUAAUCCCGGUUUCAAUAACCCACCUUUUAAAUUCACAAAAUACUCGAACGCGUACAUGCUUGUUUAUAUUCGGGAAAGCGACAAGGAUAAAAUAAUCUGCAACGUUGAUGAAAAAGACAUUGCAGAACAUUUACGGGUGAGGCUGAAAAAAGAACAAGAAGAAAAGGAAGAGAAAAGAAAAUACAAGGCUCAAGCUCACCUUUUCACGACAAUCAAGGUCGCAAGAGAUGAAGACAUUACUGAGCAAAUUGGAAAGAAUAUAUAUUUUGAUCUUGUUGAUCAUGAAAAAAUCAAGAGUUUCCGAAUUCAGAAACAGACCCCCUUUCAACUAUUUAAGGAAGAGGUGGCCAAAGAAUUUGGUGUCCCGGUUGAGCUACAGCGGUUCUGGAUUUGGGCAAAGCGGCAGAACCAUACUUAUCGGCCCAACCGCCCCCUAUUACCUCAUGAAGAAUUACAGACGGUUGAACUUUUAAGAGAGGCAUGUAACAAGACAAACAAUGCUGAACUAAAGCUGUUUCUGGAAAUAGAGCGCGGACCGGAGGAGCGUCCUAUUCCUCCCCCAGACAAGUCAUCUGAAGAUAUUCUCCUUUUCUUUAAGCUCUAUGACCCUGAGAAUGCAAUUCUAAGAUAUGUUGGUAGGCUCAUGGUGAAAAAUUCCAGUAAGCCCAUGGACAUAGUAGGGCAAUUGAAUCAAAUGGCUGGCUUUGCUCCUGAUGAGGAAAUAGAACUUUUUGAGGAAAUAAAGUUUGAACCUUGUGUCAUGUGCGAACAACUGGAUAAGAAGAUUUCUUUCAGACUAUCUCAAAUUGAAGAUGGAGAUAUCAUAUGCUUUCAGAAACCUCUUUCUAUCCAGGAGAAUGAAUGUCCUUACCCGGAUGUACCAUCGUUUUUGGCGUAUGUACAGAAUCGAGAGGUGGUGCGCUUUCGUACUCUCGAAAAAACAAAAGAAGACGAGUUCACUAUGGAGUUGUCAAAGCUGCACACGUAUGAUGAUGUUGUCCAAAGAUUAGCUGAGAAGCUUGGCCUUGAUGAUCCAUCGAAAAUUAGGCUUACUUCUCACAAUUGCUACUCCCAGCAACCCAAGCCCCAGCCUAUUAAAUACCGUGGAGUAGACCGUCUUUCAGAUAUGUUAGCUCACUAUAAUCAGACGUCUGACAUUUUGUAUUAUGAAGUUCUGGACAUUCCUCUUCCAGAAUUGCAAGGUCUUAAGAGUCUAAAAGUAGCUUUCCAUCAUGCCACAAAGGACGAGGUGGUAAUCCACAAUAUCAGACUUCCUAAACAGAGUACUGUGGGAGAUGUUAUUAACGAACUUAAAACAAAGGUGGAGUUGUCGCAUCCUGAUGCAGAACUGAGGUUGCUGGAGGUCUUUUUCCACAAGAUCUACAAGAUCUUUUCAUCUACGGAAAGAAUUGAGAAUAUCAAUGACCAGUACUGGACUUUACGAGCAGAGGAGAUACCUGAGGAAGAGAAGAAUAUUGGUCCCAGUGAUCGAUUAGUCCAUGUGUACCAUUUUACUAAAGAGGCCGGACAAAAUCAAGCGCAAGUACAAAAUUUCGGCGAGCCGUUCUUUUUGGUAAUCCACGAAGGUGAAACUUUAGAAGAAAUCAAGUCCCGUAUCCAAAAGAAGCUCCGUAUACCAGAUGAGGACUUCGCCAAGUGGAAGUUUGCUUCUUUCUCAAUGGGACGUCCGGACUACUUGCAGGACACAGAUGUCGUUUAUGAUCGCUUUCAGAGAAAGGAUGUAUAUGGUGCCUGGGAGCAGUAUCUUGGGUUGGAGCACGUUGAUAAUGCUCCUAAAAGGGCUUAUGCUGCAAAUCAGAACCGACACGCAUACGAGAAGCCGGUGAGAAUAUACAAUUAGGAGCGAGAGGAAACGUGGCUAUCCGCCGGAGGAAAAUCUUAAAAGGGUGGUUUUGGUGUGAGGUAGGACGAUGUAGAGAGACUCAAUUUAGAUUUUCAUAACCAAAAAUGAAAUAUAUCUUUUUCAGGAAAAGGGUUUUUAUUUUGGGCCCUAACGGUAGCAAGUGUGAUGGUCUAUUUUGCUUCCAUAAUCUACUCUUUUGAUGUUAAUAUUGGUUUGUCUGAGACUACAAAAAAAAAACUUAUUUUUAAGAUGAAAGCCCCCGUUCAAUUGGAUUUGGGAGGGCGUUGGCUUUUUGGUUCAGAGUUAGGGUUAUUUGUAUUUUCGGGUUAUGUUCAAAAAUAUUUAUUUUUAAUAUAUUCUACUCCCUUCUCGUUGA